AUAAAAUGUUUGAUCUGCUCUGAGCUGAACCUUCCUGGCAAGCUCAACCACUCGGUCAUUAUCAAAUCGACAAAACCAAUAAAACCACCAAACACAAUGUCUCGUUCUAUCAGCAUCCUCGGUCUUGGGGCAAUGGGAACAGCCCUUGCCUCCCAGUUCCUCGCUCAAAACUACAAGACAAUAGUCUGGAACCGUUCGCCUGCCAAGGCAGUUUGUCUCGCCGAACAGGGCGCCCGGGCAGCAUCCACCGUCCUCGAGGCGCUCGCUGCCAGCGACAUGAUCAUCAUAUGUCUUCUGGACAAUAAAGCUGUCGAGGAAACACUCACUCCGUCGUUCGCUUCAUUGUCGGGUAAAACGGGUAAAACCAUCAUCAUUAACCUGACGAACGGCACGCCAAACCAAGCCCGCAAACUGUCCACCCUGAUCACCGACCAGGGCGCGCAGUAUAUCCAUGGCGGUAUCAUGGCCGUGCCCGUCAUGGUCGGUACUCCGCAUGCCAUUCUGCUCUACAGCGGAGCGUCAGAGGAGAUUUUCCGGCCCCUCGAGAGCGAUCUGUCGCAUCUCGGAGUCGUCAAGUACUUUGGUCCAGACGCAGGGUCAGCAUCGCUCCAUGACCUAGCCCUGCUAUCGGGCAUGUACGGCUUAUUCUCCGGGUUCUUUCAUGCAACAGCGCUCGCCAAAUCUCAAGGCACUGCUGCGACGGACUUCAUGUCUAUUCUCACCCCGUGGCUGACCGCCAUGACACAGUAUCUUGGGGUCCUUGCCAAGCAGAUUGACGACGAGGACUUUGCAACAAGGGGUUCAAAUCUGGAAAUGCAACUGGCUGCGGUACCGAAUAUUUUGACGGCGGGAGAUGAUCAAGGCGUUUCGUCGGCAAUGAUUCUUCCUAUCGUUCAGUUGUUGGAAAAGGCUGUGCGUGAUGGAUAUGGAGGGGAUGAUCUUUCUCGUCUGAUUGAAUAUUUCAAGCUAGAGUAGGUACCUAGGUAGAGCAUUUGAAUGAUCAAUUACGGUGACGACGCGUCAUUCGAGUAUAUCAGUACGUGUCUGUUU